AUGCCUGGUCACAAGAUUCGCCAUCCAGAAUAUAGUGGGAUACAGAAACAAGACCGUGAGCAUUACGUCGGAUGCAUAAUGUACGCCAUCAUCUUGUCCAGUGUAUUUCCACAUAAAAUUAGAAAGGUGCCAUCCCAGAGUAUACAGAAGGGUUCCGUGGAUAAUGUAUAA